AUGGCGUUCCGACUAUCCGCGGGUCUAGCCACCCUUUCUUGCCUGGGAGCGAUCGCGACUGCCAACCCGUUAUCGCGCCGAGGAACCAUUGCAUCUGAUGAAAUUGUGGGAUUCGACCAAACAGUGCCCUCGGGAACAACCGGCGAAGUCUACCUGGCCUACCAGCCUUACCUGUAUGUGGUUAACGGCUGUGUCCCUUUCCCAGCCGUGGAUGCAGAGGGCGACACAAAUGCUGGUCUUGCCACCACAGGAGCUUCUGAUGGCGACUGCAGCAGCAGCACUGGCCAGAUCUAUGUUCGGGGCAAUAGCUCCGGAGAUUACUACGCCCUGAUGUAUGCCUGGUACAUGCCUAAGGAUGAGCCUUCAGAUGGUCUUGGCCACCGUCACGAUUGGGAGGGAGCAAUUGUUUGGCUCGCCGAUUCCACUAGCACAUCCGCCGAUAAUAUCGUCGCUGUCUGCCCUUCCGCUCACGGUAGCUGGGACUGCAGCACCGAUGGAUACACGGUUGACGGCACUGCGCCGUUGAUCGAUUAUUAUAGCAUCUGGCCUGUGGAUCAUUGCUGUGGUCUUACUACCACCGUUGGUGGCAUGCAGCCUCUGAUCGCCUGGGAAUCCCUCCCAACUGUUGCGCAAGACGCUUUAGAUACGACCGACUUUGGUUCUGCCAUCGUCCCUUUCAUUGAUGCUCACUUUUCGACGAACUUGGCUGACGCCACGUUCUAA